CGUGGCUUCCCUCAAGCCCGCGGUUAUUAUAAGGGGUUGGUUACGUUAGUGAUGGGUCGCAAAAAAAGGAAGCAGUUGAAACCGUGGUGCUGGUACUGUAAUCGGGAGUUUGAUGAUGAGAAAAUCUUGAUUCAGCAUCAAAAGGCGAAGCACUUCAAGUGCCCGUACUGUCACAGAAAACUUUUUACUGGGCCAGGUCUGUCAAUUCACUGCAAUCAGGUUCAUAAAGAGAAGUUGGACAAAAUCCCAAAUGCUCUUCCGAACCGGACGAGUACAGUCAUUGACAUCUACGGCAUGUCUGGUAUACCCGAGGUGGAUAUCAUAGAGCAUGAAAGACAGAAGUUCGGUUAUGAAGGCGAAGAAGAACCACCCGAAAAAAUGGCUAAGGAAGAUGAAAGUGUGCCGUUCUAUCCACCGCCACCUAUACACCCCCCACUUCCAUUCAUGUCAAAUCUCUGUCCCCCUGUUCCUCCAUUCAGUCACAUGGGAUUGCAUGGUGUUCCUCUUCCUCCGCAUAUGAACUCAAUACCCUACGUACCCCCGCCGCCACCACCUCCACCUCCAAUCCCAGCACCUCCGCAGCCAGCGACUCCAAAUGAAGAACAGUCUCCUCCGACAACUCCCAAAGCCACUUUCCCGGCGUAUUCAUCUCCAUCAAACAAUGCAAAGACACCUGUAUCCAAAGUGCAAAAACCUGCCCCUGGAACAAAUGGAGCUGUGAUAGAGUUGGUUCAUCCUGAAGAUGAUUUGUCUCUUGAAGAAAUUAGGGCCGAACUGCCGAAAUACAAACGCAUUUUAGAAAAUGCAGCCCAAAAGCCAGCACCAGCUACAUCAGUAGCUCUAACGCCUGCGCUACCUGCUCCACCUUUUAUACCUUCACAGCCACAAGUUGUAUACCCCGCAAUCGCCCCUCCAGUUUCUACGCAAAUCCCGUUCGGUUACAAUCCUGGUUUUAUCCCACCAGUAUUUGGCAUGCCGACAAUGCAACCCCAGAUCGCACCAACACCAGCUCAACUUUCUCCAUGGUCAGGAAUACCUCAGUUGCGGUUUUGAUGCAAGUCAUUCGUGCGUAUGUUAAUUAUUAUUAUUAUUAUUUCCUUUAGUUCCUAGAGGAACAUAGGGCUUCAGCCACCCGUCUCCAUUGCGUUCGGUUCUCUGCUAGAGUCUUCACCUGACUCCAAGUCUGCCCACACGUUUUCAAUUCUUCUUCACAUGAUCUCCUCCAAGUCACCCUUGGACGACCAACUCGCCGCUUCCAUUUCGAGUUCCACUCGAGCAAUGGCUUGUCUAGUGAUGUCACUUGAUGGUUUCCUGAGAGUAUGACCAAUCCAUCUCCAUUUCUUCCUGCCUAUUUGUUUUACAAUCGGUUCCUGCUGUAUUGGUUCGCUCACAGAGAUCCCUUCCUGUUGCUGAUUCUUUCUGGCCGGCCAUCUGAUCUUGAUUAUUGAGCGAAGACAUCUGUUGAUGAAGGUCUGUAGUUUGUUUGAGGUGCCUUUUGUGACACGCCAAGUCUGAUCCGUAUAGUAGUACUGACUUCACAUUGGAGUUGAAAAUCCCGAUCUUAUUUUUGACGCUGAAUGCUGUUGACCUCAGCACAGACUUGAGAGUAAUGGAAGCUUGCCUUGCUUUCCCGAUCCUUGCUUUGAUAUCCUCGUCAGUUCCGCCUGUAGUUGAAACAAUGCUUCCCAAGUAGGUAAAAGAGGUUGUUUCUUUCAGGUUCCUUCUAUCUAUGCUGAUUGUUGCCUGUUGUUGUUGUUGCUGUUGGUGGUGUUGGCCAGGAAUCUUCAUCACCUCCGUUUUCUCUAUGUUCACCUGCAGUUCUAUCUUCGAUGCUUCUUCUGCCAACUUGUUACUUUUCACUUGCAUAUCUUCCAGUUUGUGGGAAAUCAGACAUAUUUCGCCGGCGAAGUCCAGAUCCUCCAAGUUCUUUGUGUGAGUCCAUUUUAUGCCUGUUUCCUCAUUGCCCGCUGUCUGUCGCAUUAUCCAAUCCACUGCAAUCAGGAAAAUCAUUGGCGAUAGUAGGCAACCCUGUCUUACUCCUGUCUUCACUUCGAAGGAUUCCGUGAGGUUCCCGUUGUGGAUUACUUGGCAUGCAGCGUUGUCAUACAACCGUUGGAUGAGAUGUAUAAUUGUCGGCGGCACCCCGUAGUAGCGAAGUAGUUGCCAAAUCACCUCUCGAUCGACGCUGUCGAAGGCCUUUUCGAAGUCGAUGAAGUUGAGAUAGAGAGGUGCGUAUGUUUAUGUGAUACUAAAGAUCUCUCAUGCUUUUGCUUCACUCUUCAUCCUACCCCUAGUGAUACAGCGAUAUUUCCCUGCAAAACUAGUUUUAUUGUUUUUACAGUUUGACAUUGUUCCGUGAAACAACCCAAUGGUCUCCUUAGCAUAACCCGAAAAGUUGCCACAGGCGUGUCUCACCAGGUGAUGGGUUGUUCUUCAUGUCUUUUGAGUCUCAGGAGACUCGUACCGUUUUAGGUUAUCUAACAGUGUGCCAACGGUGUAUAAAGGUUUGCACUUAGCAGCAGUAAAUGAUAACUUUAGCCGAGCAUGUGGUAGCUGGGAUCUUGUUUCCUUGAGACCAGAAUGAGAACAGCUGUUUGUGUGAGGAAGGUAAUGUUUUCAACCCAAUCGUCCUUUAUUAAAUCAAGACCCCAAAUUACGUUUAACUGCAAAACUGAAAAAGUACCGUCAUUGACUUCCUGUAUCUACAACGCAACUUCCUUAUCUUCAGCAAAGCUAUGGAAAAGUUUUAAACACGGGCGAGUACAUCAGGUAAAGCAUGAUCUAUGUCAUGGGUGUUUAACCUUUCGUUGGCUAUCGCAAUGAAGUGAUAAAAUUUAAAGAUAUCACACUGCCAGACAGGCUUUGGAGAUUUUAAGAGUAAUGUCUAGUCGGUAGACUCAUGUCCUACUUUCGUUGAGUGUCUGUUUAUAAUUCUACUGCUGGCUAUACAAAAAGAUAUAGUGUAUUUGCUAUUUCGAAAUACACGCAUUCUUGAUUUCAAAAGAUUUUUUCUGCUUAAUUUCAGUAUUUGGCAUGCCGACAAUGCAACCACAGGUCGCACCAACACCAGCUCAACUUUCUCCAUGGUCAGGAAUACCUCAGUUGCGGUUUUGAUGCAAGUCAUUCGUGCGUAUGUUUAUGUAAUACUAAAGAUCUCAAUUUUAAAUGACUCGUAGAUCAUGUGUUGUACAAUUAACUUUCACAAUGUUUAUGGUGAACAAACUUACUUUGCGUCUCUUGUUUUCUUUUGAAGUAUUCUGGAAACAAUGUAAGUCAAACUAAUGCUGUAUGUUUGCUGGUAGGUGUUUGUAUGUGAAUCAAAGGAAAUAUAAUUCUACUUCAGUGGAAAAUUCUUUUGUGGACAGAAAGGUGAGAUUCAAUUUAACUAUUAAACAUAGAAGCGUAUAUAGAUGGUAGAAUCUCUGCUCACUACCUUAUAUGUUGCAUACACAAGCACGUAGCACAAACGGAUUUUAGAAGCUGCAAUGCCACUGUCUUGAUGUCAAGGUAGGUUUUAAUAAUUAUAAAGGAUAGGGGUAAGUAGAAUUGUUUUAUUUCAUUGUGAUUUGGUGGGUAGAAUUAGUCCCUCCAAGAAAAGAAUUUCGUUGCAGUGCAUCUGCACUAUGUGGAAGGCUAAAUUUUAGUGCCUUACGAGACCAAAACUGUAGUAGUCUUUGUAUGGACGUGUUGCUUCAGUAACUAACUCAACUCUUAAGAUUUCUUAAAACAAGCGGUGUCCAGUAAGUGGUUGAGAUUACCUAUUGUGACGACAGGAUAAGUUAACCUGGCGAUUCAACAUUUCGUGGUUUUCAGUAACCUCGGAAAUAAAAUAUCCAGUGCGAUUUAUACAUUACCAUUGCUUCUAGGAUUCUUAUUUGAAUUUUGACAAAUUUGGGGGCUAAUUCCGUUUCAGUAGCCAGUGUUGGUCGAUGUGACGCUUCCUUUCUCCAUUCACUUGAAACAAAGGAGCUAUGAGAAUAGUUCAAUGGAAGAUAUAUUGGGUCAUUUGGAAAGUUGUUAAAUAUGUGCAUUGAAGUAAAGCAGGUAUUCGUUAGUGUGUGUGCAUAAUAAGUGGUAGACUUUAUUUUAGUUUUUGUUGUCUAGUGUCUUGGCAAUAGGAAAAAGCAUUGUUUCUUAUGUGAAAGUUUAAAUUAUAAUAAUACACAUAGUAGCCAAUAGAGUAUCAACUAACCAUAGCGAAAUUCCGCAGAAAAUUCAAAAUCAUUUAAACCUAGAUGACCAUGUAGGUUUGAAUGAUCCUUAGUUUUGUGGAAUUUCCCUAAUCAUAUGAGGAAGUGUCUGCACAAUACUCUUGUACCUUCUCAUUUGGCACCUAAAAUGAUACGAGCUACUUAAUUUUUGUCUGUAGUGGGAAUACGUUGGACAUGUUGAUUUAGUCUGCUUCUCCUUGUCCUACUUGGCUUGACAGUUUAGCUUCUCCUGCGUUUUGAAAUAGCAAUAUACUGUGAAUCUUCCAGCGACUACCGGUCAUUUUAUGCUUGGAUAGUGUCAGACUCUUACACUUUAAGGCAAGUUAAAAGUCGUUCAUCAUUUGUUAAGUAAAGUUUUAUCUAAUGCCAUAUGCAUUUCUGUUGAGUUGAUUCAUUUCUUCCCUAAAUGUACUUCUUAAAAAGUCGCAUUUGUUCAGAUAAGCAGCACAAAUUUUCUCCCUUAUUUUGUUAAGAUACAGUUUUGGGUGUUCAAGUAUUAUCUUGCAUUUCCGAACGCUUUUUCCCUCAGUGUCUUUAAAUGUGAGACCAAACUGAAGUCGUGUAGUAAGUCGACUGGUUGAAAGCUUCACAGUGAACGAUUGCGUGAAAUUCAUCUGAAAUGUUUGGUAUAACUGUUCUUGAUAAUUUCUUGUGAUAAAUCUAUUGUACAUUUUUGCAACAAUACAAAUGCGAAUAAAGAGCUUUGUCUUUUAGCUUGACUGCGCGGAACAAGCAGUAGAUGAUCAAGAAGCGUUCAUUACAGCAUUCAAUUUAAAGAAAACAACUUACCAUUGUUUUCGUAAGGCAGCAUUAUCAACAAAUAAUA